GUUCAGAAUAGAAAGUGGGGUAAAGGUAAUUAUGGAGAGUGAAUAUUCGCCUUGGAAAAGCAAAAGCAGCGGGGGUGAUGAAGGGCAACGUGGAGGUGGCGGCGCGAGCACGAUGGCAGCGCCCCCCUCCUCGGCUAUGAUCCACCUACUGCCGCCCAAAAUGGAGGUGGAGGAAGACGCCUCCCAGCCCGACACCCUGCUGAGGCUUGGGAACACCUGGCCCAGUUGACUCGACAAGGACAACACGCAGGAUGGAAUUGCGGAGAGGUGGCCGCCGGUGUCUACUUACUGUCCUGCCGUCCCUCAUGCCUGCCCUGCUGUGGACUCCAGCAGCGAUCUAGAGGGGAGUGUGGAGGGGGCUUCCGUCAUGUGGUGCUCGUCCUCGGGGUACCACAGCCAGGUCCCUCGACCCCUCACCACCACCACCGCCACCAGUGAAGCCAGCCUGAAACUCCUUACUGGCGGUGGAGAUGAUGAUGAAAGUGAUGAUGACAGCGCCUGGGGAGAGGAUGAGUGGCCCCUGGAACGCCCCCUACCCUUGCCUGAGUGGGGGUGCGGGCGUCCCUCUUUAGUUUUCUCCACCAUGCAGGAUUACAGAAGGUUCCUAACCCGUGUGUCCACUCGUCUCCACCGCGCCCUGGCACUGCAGCCCUACGACUCCGUGUCCAACUUUGUCAUGUUUGCAGAAGAGUAUAAGGCCUCAGAGUUCUCCAGCCUGCAGGACUUCUAUCGUUACUAUGACCCCCCACUCGUGUCCGGACGGUACACUUGCGUUGGUCUGGCGGCCGACCUCGCCUCCCGCCUCGCUGAUCUUGAGGGACAUUACCCCGGCUUCAAGGACUCUAUCUAUCAGGUGUCAUGCGAAGAGGAGGUGACGGAGAAGGAGGUAGUAGACAUCAUAUCCACGGAAGAGCCGAGCCCAUCCGCCUCCCUCAAAGAACACGUGUUGUUAUGCGUGCGGAUCCAUGUGGAAGGGCGAGUGGGAGUCGUCCUCUUAGACCCCGGUUACCAUGUGCCUUGUCCAGUAACGGUCAUGGAGGACGGGUUGGCGCCUCACUCCGGCCCUGUUGAAACCGGCACCGCCCGCUCAGAUGUCCAGAGAUUCUAUACCUAUCAUUUCCCGUCUAAUUCUUCCUCGUACGUCAUCUGGGAGGUGGAGGAGAGGAGAAGUGGAAGGAGUAAGUGGACGAGGAGUCUUGUACACGUCUCUCGUCCUUAUCUCUCCGGUGUGGAUGUGACAGAAAGACGUAAUUUGGCCUAUACGUUCAAGACUCUGCUAGGGCGUGAUGCUGCGGGGAAGUUUAACGCUGGUUUGUACUUCGUCAUCAAGCCGUCAUCGUCACCGUCAUCUACCGCCGUCUCCUUCUUCCGCAAGGUAAACGAGGAGAUGAAACACGUGAAGAAACCUUUGGCCUAUUUCCUCCAGAGCGAAGAAAAGGAAGAGCUGGAUGAUGAAGUGGAAGAAUCGGUGUUGGCGGUGGAGAUUGGAGUAGGGAGAGCAAGAGGUGACAUCCGCGCUACCCUCGUCACGCUGGCCAGCUUUCUGCAGGACAAAGGCUUCCUGGAUGACCUGCUUGAGCUAAAUGGGGCGCAGGAAACCUUAAGGGAGCCAUAAGAACGGUGACUAUCCUUACUUUUCAUUGCCAUCGUGGAAACGUGCCAACAUUGUUAACACUUGAAAAUGUUUAGAUUUUUUUGUAAGGAAAGGAUUAUGUUCUUUUUUAUUAACACUUGAAGAUAAUCAAGAUUUAUUUUUGAUAAGGAACAUAUUUUCCCUUUUUUGUUUUUAAUAAGGAAAGGAUAAAUUUGGUGUUUUUGUUGUUGUUAUGGUCUUGAUGAUAUUGUUGAAUUUAACAUCGUAUCAGAGCAAUGUAUUUUCUUAUCUGGCGUUAAACCUUUGUGCCUUUUUCCUACUAAUUAUUGUAGUUUUGAUAAUAACCACAACAUUUUUGUAGCAUAUUAACCUUUCUUCGUGACCGAAUAAAUUUUGGU